AUGGAUGAAUGCGCAUGUAACGCUGAAAUAUUGAAAACAUUCAUCAUGCUUCCAGAUGGCGUCUAUUGCGAUGGCUAUAAAAAGAGCGUUCCUCCUCCAAAGCUUGAGCAGAUAACUACCUUCAAUUACCGCGCAGAAAUGUGGAGCUCAACGGAUCAGUUGGUACGCACCAGUGACGUAUGGAUCGAUAUGAAUCGGGCUCUUUAUAGAAUGGAUUUCGAGCCUGUUACGGUCGGCAUUGGCGAUCAGCGAAGCAUCAUUGUGUCUGGAAAUGAGAAAACGAUUUACACAAUAACCAGAGAACCGACCAAUCAAUGCAACAUGACCGCCAUCACCGAGCUAGAAAUUGACCCGCAGAUGGUCACGGAUCCACGUUACGUCCUACACAUGACGCCCAGCACCUUCUUCAGCGGCAACAAAGAGAAGCUGUCUCUCAGCUACAAGAAGCAGACAGAGAAAAGAGGCAUCCCUUGUCAUGUGUGGCAAGUUCUCCGUGACGACUGGCCGCCAGAGUCGAGCAGUGUAAAAACUUUGUGGGAAUGGUGCGUCGCUAUGCCUGACGCUCAAGACAUUCAAGGUACGAAAGGCGAUGUCUACCUCGUCAAUCUUGAUCUGUCUAUACUGGAGGUGCCGAAAGAAGUUAAAUUUCUCAACCUUUCUGUGGGAACCAAACUGAGUUUUCGGUUCCACGACGCCCUGCUGAAUCCGCCCGAGCUAAUUGACCUGCAUGGCUUCGACAUCUCUCCCUGUUACGAAGACGAUGAAAUGGCUGACAUGAAGAUUAUUGUUAAGUUGUCAUCGGAAGAUUACAAGACUUUGUCGGCAGCCUUCACACUCUACAAUCCCAGGUUUUUGUCGGCAUGGCGUCGGGCUCUUGAAAAAUCUUCGGGUCUUCCAGAUUCUUCUCUCCGAGUAACCAAGAUUAAAGCGGCAUUAGACAACAAUGCGUUGGUUGUCCAGUUUACCAUGUUAGACCGGUUUCCCGCUCGUGCUCAUACCGGUAUCAUUGAUGAUCAAGUGACCCUAAAAGAAAUGAAGUCCAACCUUCAGGCGGCGAUUGAUGCCGGGCAACUGGGUAUUCAAUACAAAGGGAUGAACCUUGUGGCGUCGUCAGAGAGCCUGUUACCAGUCACUGCUGUUCCAGACACCCCUGUUCCAGGCACCGCUGUUCCGGGCACCAUAGUUCCAGGCACCGAACUGUCCACCACCUCCAAAUCGUUCACUGACGAAUGGGAAGUCAUCACGGACCCUGACGACGAGACGACGACAGUCGUCGUUGUCUCAACAGACGCCCCACUGAAUGAGUUCGCAAGUGGCAGGUACUCCGCCGCUACGAUUGCUGGAACCACGACUGCCAUGUUCGUCCUUGGAGCCUUGUUGGGAGCAUCCGGCACUUAUGUAAAAUCCAAAGUAAUAAUCUCGGGUGAACCGGUGAGAUAUAGGUUCUGGGCAUAG